AUGUCGAACGCAGUCACUAUCCGCACCGCGCCCGUUGAGGCUGCUCUGCUCGAGUCCGCCGUGGCUCGUCCUGCCGCCUCUUCCCAGCGGCGUGUGCGGUUAAAUGGACUCAAGGCCUUCCGUGGAGGACAUCUGGGUCAAAGCUUCGCCGCUACUACUCAAAGCGCACCUAUUGAUCGGCUUCAAUCCAAGCAGAGGAUCCAUGGCCACUCCGCAGUGCGCGCCGCCGUCGCCGUUGAGGCUCCUGACGACUCAGCUCUGGUAACCCGCUCAGACAUUCGCAACAUCGCCAUCAUCGCACACGUCGACCACGGCAAGACGACGCUCGUCGACGCCAUGCUCAGACAAGCCAAGGUGUUCCGCGACAACCAGCAGAUGCAGGAGCGCAUCAUGGACAGCAACGACCUGGAGCGCGAGCGAGGCAUCACGAUUCUGAGCAAGAACACGGCGAUCCGGUUCCGCGGCACCAAGAUCAACAUUAUCGACACGCCCGGCCACUCCGACUUCGGCGGCGAGGUGGAGCGCGUGCUCAACAUGGUCGACGGCGUGCUGCUGCUGGUUGAUUCAGUGGAAGGCCCCAUGCCGCAGACGCGGUUCGUGCUGAAGAAGGCCCUGGAGCUGGGGCACCGCGUGGUGGUGGUGGUGAACAAGGUGGACCGCCCAGCGGCGCGCGUGCAGCACGUCAUCAACGCCACCUUCGAGCUCUUCUGCGAGCUCGAAGCCACCGACGAGCAGUGCGACUUCACCACCGUGUACGCGAGCGGGAUUCAGGGGAAGGCUGGUAUGGAGCCGGAUGCGCUUGCCGACGAUCUCGAGCCGCUGUUCGAGUCGAUUAUUAAGUGCGUUCCGGGGCCGAAAGUGCAGCCGAAGGCGGCGCUGCAGAUGCUGGUGACGAAUUUGGAUUACGACGAGCACAAGGGGAGGAUUGCGAUUGGGCGCGUGCACGCGGGGAAGAUCGCGCGCGGGCAGGUGGCGAAGAUUUGCACGCCCGAUGGCGCCUGCCGCGUGGCGAAGGUCGUGGAGCUGUUCGUGUACGACAAUUUCGCCCGCGUCCCGGUUGAUGACGUGGAGGCGGGAGACAUCUGCGCCUUGUCCGGUCUGCCGGACGUGCAGAUCGGCGAGACGAUCGCGGAUCGCGACGGCGACGCGCUGCCGACGAUCUCGGUGGAGGAACCGACGGUCAAGAUGAGCUUCUCCGUGAACGUGUCGCCGUUCUCGGGGCGCGAGGGGAAGUUCGUGACGUCAAGGAAUCUGAGGGAUAGGCUGAUGAGGGAGCUGGAGAGGAAUCUGGCAAUGAAGGUGGAGGACGGGGAGAGCGCGGAUACGUUCCUGGUCAGCGGACGUGGUACCCUGCACAUCACCAUCCUCAUUGAAAACAUGCGGAGGGAGGGAUACGAGUUCAUGGUGGGGCCACCACGGGUCAUUAACAAGAUCGAGGACGGCAAGACGCUAGAGCCGUAUGAGGAAGCGGUGGUGGAGGUGCCAGAGGAAUAUGUGGGGGCUGUGGUGGACAUGCUGGGUACACGCAAGGGGCAAAUGCUCGACCUGCAGGCCUCCAGUUCCGGCACCACAACCGUGAAGUACCGUGUGCCAACCCGCGGCCUGCUGGGGCUGCGCAACGCCAUGCUGACCGCCACGCGAGGCACGGCCGUCAUCAACACAAUCUUUGACAGCUAUGGACCGUGGGCGGGGGACAUGAGCACUCGCGAGCAGGGCUCCCUGGUGUCGUUUGACACAGGCCCAACCACAUCGUAUGCGCUCUUCAGUUGCCAGGAGAGGGGGCAGCUGCUGCUGGGGCCGGGAGUGGAGGUGUACAAGGGGCAGAUCAUCGGCCUUCACCAGAGGCCCGGGGACCUGGACCUGAACGCGUGUAAGAGGAAAGCUGCCACCAACGUGCGAUCCAACAAGGAUGCCACAGUGGUGUUGGCGGCGCCCCUUGAGUUCAGCUUGGAUGACUGUGUGGAGUACAUUCAAGAGGAUGAGCUCGUGGAGGUUACACCCCUUUCCGUCCGCAUGCUCAAGAACCCCAGGAUGGGCAAGAAGGGAAAGAAGCUUGAACCGCCAUGGACGUUGAGCCUGGAGCAUGCGACAUCAGAGCGCCUCGGAGGAGGCGAAAUCGCGUCCUACUCGUUCGACGUUCUCAAGGAAGCAGCUGACGUGGCGGUGGAGAGGCUUGUGAUUCGCCAGUGCGGAUUGCUGCUGCCUCGGGUGUCUAUUGGCUCUCCGUCCCUGCUAUUCAUUCAGCAAGGGUCAGGUGUGGUGGAGCUGAUAGAUGACAACGGCCAGGCACCUGCUGACGUGUCACCAAUCACGGUGAACAGUGGGGAUGCCGUGGUGGUUCCCAAGGGAUGGACGUACAUCCUGCCUUCCCUCCCUGUGCAGAAAUCAUACCUCGCUGGCAUCAACCCCCACUCCGUGCUGUCUGGCUUCAGUUUGCACAUCCUGGAGACGGCAUUCAACCAGCAGCACGACGUGGUCAGGGCGCUGCUGCACCAGGCAUCUGGAGGAGGGAUCAUCGUGUCCCGCUGUGUACCACCCUCGCCUCCUGAGCCUGCUGCACAGGAGGAUGUUGCAGAGGAGGAUGGGGAUAAGUCUGAGGAGGAUGGGUCAGUGGGGGAUGGUUCAGAGGGUGGUGUGUCAGAGGGGGAUAUGUCAGGGGAGUUGGAGGAAGCUGACCCCCAUCCUCAUCCCCAUCCGCGCCCUUCACCUUGCUCUCUGCUGGAUCAUGCCCCUUUUCAGCAUGCGGUGGUGGCGCCACACAUCCAUGGCAACGCAGCAGUGGUCUUCACGCAUGCGGUGGUGGCGCCACACAUUCACGGCAACGCAGCGGUGGUCUUCACGGUGCUGCAGGGUUCAGGCCACUUUGAGUCGCAUGCGGUGGUGGCACCACACAUCCACGGCAAUGCAGCAGUGGUGUUCACGGUGCUCAAGGGUUCAGGGCACUUUGAAUCGGUUCACCCCAACGGCACCACGGCUGCCAGUGAUGCUGUGCAGACAGGCCACGUGGGGGUGGUCCCCAUGGGUUAUGCCCAUGCUCUGCAGGCAGGAGAGCAGGGCGUGCAGAUUCUCGGCUUCCACCCGGACGUGAACAAGGACCCCGGAGCGGAGGACAAGUUCAAGGAGAUCAGUACCGCGUACGAGGUUCUUUCGGACGAUGAGAAGCGGCCACUAUACGACCGCUUUGGGGAGGCGGGCGUGUCUGGGUCUGGUGGCAUGGGAGGAGCGGGAGCUUACACGUCGAACCCGUUCGACCUGUUCGAGUCCAUAUUCGGGCCGGGUAUGGGCGCUGCCGCGCGGGGAGGCAUGGGCGGAAUGGGCGGCAUGGGCGGCAUGGGCGGCGCUGGCCCGCGGACGCGACAACCUGUUCCCGGCGACGAUGUCAAAAUGGAGAUGCCGCUGGAGUUCCGCGAGGUGAUAUUCGGCGCGGAGAAGACCAUCAACGUGGCGCACCUGGACGGCUGCAACGAGUGUGGGGGGUCGGGCGCCAAGGCGGGCACGUCCCCCCGCACGUGCCCCACGUGUCGGGGCAUGGGGCAGGUCAUGCAGACAAGGCAGACGGCCUUUGGGAUGUUCUCCUCGGUGUCCACGUGCUCGACGUGUGCAGGAGUGGGGGAGGUGAUAUCUGAGUUCUGUCGCAAGUGUGGGGGCGAGGGGCGCGUGCGGACGCGCAAGCCAGUGGUGAUCAACGUGCCUGCAGGGGUGGACUCGGGCACAGUGCUGCGCGUCAAAGGGGAGGGCGACGCUGGCAUGCGCGGGGGCAAGCGGGGCGACCUGUACGUGUUUGUGAAGGUGAAGGAGACGAUGGGUAUUCGCAGGGACGGCAUCAACCUCUACUCCAACGUCUCUAUCGACUACACUGACGCCAUUCUGGGCACGGUGGCCAAGGUGGCUACGGUUGACGGUGCAGCAGAGCUGAGAGUGCCGGCAGGAACCCAGCCAGGGGACACGCUGGUAUUGGAGCGCAAGGGCGUGCCCAAGGUGGGCAAGAGCAACAUUCGCGGGGACCACUUCUUCCAAGUCAACGUCUCCAUCCCCAAACGAGUCAGCCCCACGGAGCGGGAUCUGGUGGAGGAGCUGGCGUCCAUUCACAAGACGGGCAAGACGCGCACGGGCAUCACUGUGGAGGGAGCAAGGCCACGGGGUUCAUCCUCCAGCUCAGGAGUGGAUGGAGAGGGCAUCGUCGACACCGUCAAUGGGCCCAAACGGGUGAUCCAAACCAUCCAAUCUGAAGCCAGGAGAUUUACAGAGGAGACCAUCCAGCCGUUCAUUUCCCCUGCAACGCCAAUCACAUGGCGCCAUGUGGCGAAUGCAGCAGUGCUGGCUGCAGUCUUAGCUCUGGCCAUGGCUGUUGCAGCAGCAGCGGCACGAGCAGCUUGGGCAUGGUUGAAGGGUCGCUUUCGGUUAACCCCUUAG